AUGUCAAGGCAGAUAUGGACUCCUUUUUGCACCGCCGAUCUACUUAAUAGCACAACCGUGACUGUCACCACAGCUAAAAUCGGUUGGAAUACACUCACGUUCAGCUACACUCCGGCCACAUUAGUGCAACACACAGUUGAGAUCUAUGCUUAUUGUACUGGCGCCAGUGGUAGCUAUGCUGGAUCAGCUAUUGACAUUGACAAGAUGCAAUUUGUUGGGUCUACUGUCACAUCAUGUUCCACGGCAACUAUAACACCCACUUUCACACCGUCUCCGACUCCGAGUCUUAUUGACACUACUUCGUCGGUCUUAUCAUCAGCUACAGUCUUGACGUUGUCAGUUCCAUCCUCUUCCCUGGUUUCACUGUCGAUCCUUACUUCCCUCCCGGUACCCACUGCAACGCCAGUCAACAGCAGUCUACAUUCGUCGCGGACUUUCGCAAAUGUUCUGUCAUCCAGCGCUUUGAUACCAAUUAGUUCUUCUGCUGCUAAUGCUGCCACUAGCCCUUCUGCUCUAUAUCCAUCCUCUACAUCUUCCUUCCAUUUCUCGACUAGUCCCAUUUUAGUGCCUUCUUCAAGCGGAACGGCAGUUGCUCCUGGAACCGUGCCUAUCUCGAUGUCCACUCAACCUCAGCCAAUGACUAUCUUGAUAACUACUGAAAAUCCUUAUCUAGGCGAACCUAGUGGUGCGGAGGACAGAAACACUACAUCUAUCAUUCUUAGCACGCGUACCACAACUAUUACCGCUUGCACCUCAACUGUUCCGGACUGUCCCGCUUCUGCGAAGAAUACUUCAGUUACAACUGAGACCCUAGUUAUUUCGAUAGCCGCGUGUCCUAUAACAAUAACUCAAUCCCUGCCAACCACUGGGCCUUCAGUUACUGAAAGUUCUUAUCCUGAUCAAGCUAGUGGCGGGAGAGCAACCACUACAUCCACUAUCUUCAGUACCCGUACUGCAACAAUCACUGCUUGUCCAUCAUCUAUUCCCAACUGUCCAGCUUCCACGAGUACGUUGGUGAUGACCGAAACUCUGGUUGUCUCAACUACUGUGCAUCCCGUUGCUGCGGCUCCAACAGUCAGCAAUAUCAGUGGUGGUUCUCCAGCGACAGUUCUCGUAACGGCGGGCGAUGACGUGGGUUCCGGCUCUGGGUAUGAUUCUGCACCUGUGUAUGUCUCCGGUCCUUCUGCCUCCGGUGUUUCUGGUCCUAGUUCAAGUUCUUCUAGCGCCAACGCUAACACUAAUGCCGGUACUAACCUUGACUCUAUUAUCCCUAGUUCUACCUCUGGCCCUACCUUUAGCUUUGGUACCAGCGCAGGAAUCCUUAGCUCCUCAGUCGGUGUAGCAGACCUUAUCGCUGAGGGAUUCGCCUCAGAACUUAUACUCGCCUACACCGAGGCAAAAGCCAUCCAAAAUACUCGUCAAGACCUCGAUUCCCCGUACCGGAGUAUGCAGCAGAUGAUGGGAUACCUUGAUAAGGAUCCGGUGGAUUAG